AUGGUUCCUGAUUCUGAGAACAAUGAUGGCAAAUCACGAGCCAAGUGUAAGAUGUGUGGAAUUAUUUAUAUGGCAGCAAGCAAAUAUGGAACCGGCAAUAUGAGGCGUCACAUUGAGACAUGCCCUAGGAGAAGUUCACGAGAUAUUGGUCAGAUGAUGUUAUCACAAACUAGUGGAAAUAUUUCGGUAAGCGCUCAUAAAUUUGACACAGAACAAUAUAGAGAAAUUUUGGUAUCUGCUAUUGUGAAGCAUGAAUUGCCUUUUCGAUUUGUUGAAUAUUCGGGGAAAAGAGUUUUGAACUUUUCAUUUAUGCCACCACCACAUAAUGGCAUAUCUUUGUCUGAAAAAAUUUAUAAUUUGCUAUGUGAAUGGGGAAUUCAACACAAGAUUUUUUCAUUGACUUUAGACAAUGCUUCUUCUAAUGAUGUUUCAGUAGAGUUGUUAAAAACUCAAUUGAACAUUAAGAAAGCUCUUCUUUGUGAUGGUGAGUUCUUUCAUCUUCGUUGUUGUGCCCAUAUUCUGAAUUUGGUAGUACAAGAUGGAUUAAAAGAGAUUGAUGUUGCUAUCCAAAAAGUUCGUGAAAGUAUCAAGUAUGUCAAAGGAUCACAAACAAGGAAAGUAAAAUUUAUGGAUUCAACAAAUCAAAUGUCUUUGGAUAGCAAGAAAGGGUUGAGACAGGAUGUCCCCACUAGAUGGAAUUCUACUUAUCUUAUGCUUGAGAGUGCUCUUUUCUAUCGCCGUGCCUUUACUUAUUUGGAGUUGACUGAUUCCAAUUUUAAGCAUUGUCCAUCAAUAUCUGAGUGGGAACGAGUACAGAAGAUUAACGAUUUAUUGAGAGUUUUUUAUAGAGACACCUGUAAUUUUUCUGGGAUUAAAUACCCUACAGCCAAUCUCUAUUUUCCAUCAGUGUUUUCGAUUUAUUUUACAUUAAAGAGGCACUCUGAGGGUGAAGAUGACUACAUGAAGAGAAUGUGUUGUAAAAUGCUUGCUAAGUUUGAGAAAUAUUGGUCCGAGUUCAAUGUGUUGUUGGCUAUAGCAGUUAUAUUGGAUCCUCGAUACAAGCUUCAUUUUGUUGAUUUUUCUUAUACAAAGCUUUAUGGAGAAUGUUCUAUAGAGUAUAUGAAUGUUCGGAGCAAAAUGUCAUCUCUUUUCAUGGAAUAUGGUUCUUCUAGUGCUCCUACAACGACAUGUUCUACCACAACUUCUGAAAGCACUGAAUUUGAUACAUUUAGACCUGAUGAACUUUCUGGCUAUAUGAGAAAAAGUCAAUUGGAUCUUUACUUGGAUGAACCUAGGGCAGAAAGAAAUGCAAAGAUUGAUAUUCUUUCCUUUUGGAAAGGAAAUGAAUUUCGUUAUCCUGAUCUUGCUCGUAUGGCUCGUGACAUUUUGAGUGUUCCAGUUUCUACAGUUGCAUCUGAAUCUACUUUUAGUGUUGGUGGGCGUAUCAUUGAUCAGUUUAGAAGUGCACUAAAAGCAGAUAUUGUUGAAGCAUUAGUUUGCACUAGAGAUUGGUUAUAUGGUGAAGAGCAAGAAAUACAAGAAGAAGUUAAAUUGGAUGAGUUAACUGAAGAUGUAAUGGAGUUGGAGAACAACAAGGGCAAGGGCUUGGAGGACGCCCCACCUCAUUCUUCAACUUCUAGAUUUGUUUAG